AUAAUCCAUCUGAAGGGAAAGAAUGCAAUCCCGGUUCUUGGUUUCCUGACAAUGCUAAUGGCAUAUUUACUGUUUGCAGAGGUAGAGAUUCUCCUAUUUUGAAAACCCAGUUUCUCCUUUCUCAGGCCAUCUUGCAUUGUGGAAGCUCUGAUCUGGAAAGGAACUCUAUUUUCCAAAAUCUCCACUUGGGUAUGAUGGCGGUUAUGAAUCGGGAUCGGGUUUCAGUUUCAGAGACAGCCGGGGAAGCGACAAGGGGGAAAAUGCGGGUUGAUGAUCAUGCAGAGAAGAAAUGGAGGGAAAAAAGUGUUGAGGGAGAUGAUGGUUUGAGGACUUUAGAGUGUUUGAGAGGAAGAUUGCUUGCAGAGAGAACAGCUUCAAAGGCUGCAAAAGAAGAAGCAGAGCUGAUGAGGAACAAGUUAGUAGAGCUAGAAAGAAAAGUAAAGGCAGAGAUAGAAGCCAAGAACAGAGCCGAAAAGAAGCUGAAAUUCCUGACGAAAAAGCUGAAAUGCCUAAAACUUGCGCCUUCUUCAGAUCAGUCGAGUUCAUUGGAAGCCUCAUCAGGACUCAAGGACCCAGAAGAAGGGAAAGCCAAUUCUGAAAUCGCAGCCUCAGUUAAAUGUGACGGAGAAGAGGAAACAAACGAGAAAAAAGAAGCAUCAAUUUCAGCAGAUCCCAGUCACGAUGGUUCAGUCGCCGGCACAUCAAAUGAAGCCAAAAUGAAUUGGAGAGAAGGAAGUUCGGGUUCAGUGGUCACCGACCCAGAAGAACUCGGCAAUGUCGACUACAGGGUAAGCUCCAAAGAGUUGGUGAUUGCAGAUGAUCUCCGUCUCAGAGAUUCCUCAAAAGAAUCAGAAAAUGGAGAGAGAGAUCCAACAGAGGACGUGGAUAACUCACUGGCAAUAGUUCCAGUAAGCACGCCAACAACUCCGCAUCAGUCAAGGGAACCAGAACCACCCCAGAUCAUCAACAGCGACGAUGUCAUGGAUGUUCUUGCCGCUCUGAGGCACGCAAGAGAGAAGCUUCACAGCUACAUUGGGACAAGGAAUGGUAAUCAUGGCUUCCAGUGUCGCUCAUUUGAGCUGUGCGGUGGAGUGUAAACCGUGUAAGAGAAGAAAGUAGAAGACAGGUCAUUAAACGGAUCCAAACCUGCAAUUUCCAUUUGCCAAAGAAGGAAAACAAAGUAAGAAGAAAUAGUUUCUUUAUGCUUUGUCUGCUGUGAUGCUGUCUCUGCUUCCAGUGGCCAAGGGGCAUCCUUGGCAUGAUUCAAUGAAACGACCAUUGAAUAGGCUAGUAAGAACUCUAUCUGAAGAGAGUAAAAAAUGUUAAAGGAGAUUCAUAGCUUUCAUUCCUUUUCUUGAGGAGUGAGGAAAAAAGAAAAGUAAUCAAAACAUUGGGAAAUGCUGUGUCUAAUCAUACUCAGACUUUAUCAGUUGUCAAUGAAUUUACCGUUCUUCACUUGUAAGGAGGGCAGCAAGCCAGUAAUAGUAUUAUGAAUCAUAAUUGUAAAGUUUCUCUCCGUAUGUAAUAUGGUCAGAUUGUUUAUAGAUAUUGUGUAAGGCUUAGAUUUAAUUUAAGUUUAUUUAAUAAAUAAACAUAAAUAGAGAUAUUACUUA